AGAAUGUAGACAUCCCUGACAAUUACACCGACUCAGGCCAACGCCGCCCGAGACAACGUCGCACUGUGUGUGUUUAUAUGUGGGUCAGUGCUUGCGAGUGUACGUCGAUCAAUCGCGUUUCCACCUGGCAAUUGUUGAAGUCAACUUGGUUUCCGCUUCUUCUUGUCGCUGGAAAGGAGCUGCAAGUGUGAUGGGAGGUCAGGAGGAACUCAUGCGUCGCUUAUUAGGGGCGACAGAUGUGCCGACGAUGUUGGGGCGGCAGUGGCGUCGCGUGAAUCAGCAACCUCUGCUUGAUCCGCAUCCCUCUCCUUCUCUUGCGCGACUUGAAGGGUCAUUGGUAUGUGACUGAUCUCGUUCUCCUCCUCUCUCUAGCACUUCUUGGGUGUCGAGCAAGAGCCAGGGAAUGACAGUAAAUGGUAUCCGCCAGAAAGGAUCGUUUGGCUUGUGGGUGGUUUUGCUCCUCCGGAUUUUGCGAUCCGAACCCUGUAGACCCUGUCCUGCGGUGGGUGUGUUGGCCAAUGUUUGGAGUCAUCCCUCUCCGGGAUGAAUAUGUGCAUGUUGCCUCUUACGGACGGCCAUCCUGGUCCGCUUCGGCAAGUGUAGCUUGCAUUCCUCCCAGUUGAGUUUAGAAUGGUGCGUGGCUUGCGUGCCGCUACAGAGUUCUGAUUCGGUAGAACAGAAACAACUACAGUUCUUCGGAACCUGAGGCCGUGAAUACCCAGUAUAUGUGAGCAGCUUCGACGGGCAGAACGUAUCCGCUCUAGUGCUGCUGUGUGAAUCAGAGUUGCAAAGUGUCUGGGAUUAAACCGUCGUCCUCAAAUUUGAGUUUCGGAUUCCAGGUGAGACACUGGCUAGGUGCGCGCAAGGUCGUAAUGAAGGCGACGCAUCACCGCAUUUCUGGUGCAGAGAGCGUCAAGUCGAAGCCAAAAUGUUCCCAUCGUGUUCGGAAACCGAUGCAUUCGUUUUUAGUGGAGGCAGCAGCCGGUAUUCUUAAGUUUUGGUGACUCGGGUAAUUGUGUAACGCCGAAGGGGCUGGAGCUACAAUGAGUGGUUUCGGGAGAGAUGAAGGCGUGGAGCCGUAGAAAGAAUUUCAUGUUCGAAGUUUGAGCCACUCCUAGGAUCCUUGACAACUGAGCAGAAGUAGAUAAAGAAGCGAGCAACAUGACGGCCACUUCGGCGUUCAUCACAUCUCUCCUGACCUCGUUCGGUAUUUUCUGUGGUCUGGUGUUUGCGUUCAGUAUUUUGUCAAAAUGGAAAGUAAACCACAAUAUCUACUAUUCGUCGCGAAUAAUAUCUGGUGAGGGGCCGACAGCAGCUGCAAGUACGCGGAAUCCGUUCACGUGGUUGUAUGAGGCGAUUUUUACGUCCGAUGCGGAGCUCGUUCGGGUGGCUGGCUUAGACGCUGCCAUAUACCUCAACUUCUUCGUAUGCAUUCUGGAGAUCUUUGGAUAUUCGUCACUCUUUUGUAUCCCGGUGCUCAUUCCCAUCGCAGCGAAAAGCAAGUCUAAUGCAGACGCUUUCCAGCUGGAUCCUAAUAUGACUUACGAUGGGUUCGACAAUCUCGCUAUGGGCAAUGUUGAGGAAGGAACUAAGAAGCUCUGGGCAUUUCUUGUCGGCACCUACUGGGUAUCAAUUAUGACAUACUGUGUUCUGGUUAAGCAUUACAAGAAGAUGAUUCACUUGCGGGGAAAAGAGCAAGCGCAUGAGAAACCUGCACCUCAGCAAUUUUCUUGUCUGGUUCGUGACAUCCCCCCUAAGCCGAAGGGCAUGUCAAGACGGGAGCAAGUCAACGCCUUCUUCAGAAAAAUCCACCCGGACACUUACGAGAAUUGCCUAAUCGUUUGUAACCUCAAGAAGCUGACGAAGAUGUGGACGAAGUAUCAAGCGGCGAAGAGGAAUUUGGAGCAUGCCGAAGCGGUACAUGAGGAGUCGAAGGUGACGGCAAAGCCUGAAGGGAUUCGCCCAAUGCACAGACUAUAUUUCCUGGGACUAUUUGGUCCGAAGGUAGACUCUAUCAACUUUUACGAGGAGCAAGUGAGAGAAAUUGGGCGCGCAGUGGAGGCUGAGCAGCAAAGGACUCUCAAGGAGGAGCAGCUCCCUGCAGCUUUUGUAUUCUUUAACAACCGGCGAGCUGCUGCAGAAGCUGCACAGGCUGUGCAUGCGCCAUACGCCAUGCAGUGGCAAGUUUACCCAGCGCCGGAGCCCCGUGAGGUUGUCUGGAAAAACCUGCACAAGUCCGUCUAUGAACGACUGAUUCGCCAAGGUCUUGUCUACUUCGCAGUUUUCAUGACAGUCUUGUUUUACAUGAUUCCUAUUGCACUGAUUUCUUCCUUCACCACUCUCGACAAUCUCGUCAAGUUCCUCCCCUUCCUCAAGGUCAUCGUCGAAUAUCCUCCCAUCAACACGGUUCUGCAGGCUUUUUUACCUCAGAUUGCCCUUAUCAUUUUCCUGAGCCUGCUGCCAUCUCUCUUGAUGGCAUUAUCAAGAAUGGAAGGCAUACCCUCUCAAAGCCAUGUGGUUCGAGGAGCGUCUGGGAAGUAUUUCUAUUUCAUCGUCUUCAACGUGUUCCUUGGAGUCACACUUUUUGGGACGGUCUUCUCCUCUCUCGCUGGAUUCCAAACGCUAUUCAACUCCAAGAACUUCUCCGUUAGCAGCGUUGUGUCCCUGUUUGGGAGCAAGCUGCCCCCUGUCGCGGCAUACUUCAUCACUUUCGUUGCCCUUCAGUUCUUUGUUGGCUACGGGUUGGAACUAUCGCGUGUUGUGCCGCUGGCCGUCUAUCACCUAAAGAAAACAUUUUUCUGCAAGACUCAGAAGGAGCUGGAGGAGGCAUGGGAGCCUGGACCAUUCGAAUACCAUAAUUUAGUGCCCAAUGACAUUCUCAUUUUGAUGAUCUCCAUGGCCUACGCCGUAAUCGCGCCCAUGAUUCUCCUGUUCGCUCUCCUAUACUUCGCCAUCGGCUACGUUGUCCUCCGCAAUCAGGCUUUGAAGGUGUAUGUCCCGGCGUUUGAGAGCGGCGGGCGCAUGUGGCCACACAUCCACUCGCGAAUUGUCGCAGCGUUGUUUAUCGGACAGGUCACGAUGAUGGGAUACAUGGGAAUUAAGAAGUUUCCAUACGCAGUGCUAGUGAUCAUCCUUCCGCUCUUCACAAUCUUCUUCGCCUCUAUGUGUAAGAUGAACUACUACCCUUCCUUCAAUGUCAUCUCUCUCGCCAUCGCCAGUGAGGAUGUUAAAGAGUCUCCACCUAUGCGCAAAAUUAUUGAAGCUUACACACCCGAGUGCCUUCUCACUGAAGAACGAGCCUUGGAAGAGAGCGCGCAUUACGAAGAUGCGCUAGAGUCCAGCGUUAGUUCAAGGCCGAUGGGUGUUUCUAGAUCCAAUUCUGUUCAUGAGAGCACGGAGAAUCUAUAUGCACUGUAAUGGCGCUAAAGGUUUGUUCAAUUGCCACUGUCAAUAUAGCCAGCUCUAUCACUCCACACUGCCUUGGAGGUAGUGUUUUUCUUGAAAAUUAUUUUGACAAAUGUUUAUGAGAUUUAGAACAGUACCAACUACGAAGAAUGUAAAUGGUUACGAAAUGUAUACUCCGUAAAUGAAGCAAUAAUGAAAUUGCUACACAAACUGUUGUA